CAAGAUCUUGAUCAAGUUUUUCCAAGGACAUCAAGUGCAGAGGUAUCAAUAAAUCUUGAUCAAGAAUUUUCAAGAAAAAAAAUCUUUAAAGAACUUGUGCAGAUUUUCUCUUUCUGCAAGACGUGGGUGUACAGGAAGUUCUCUUGUGACUACUUCUAGUGCUUUAUUAGAACAACUAUGAAAGAAAUUUUGAUGUAUAUUAGUAGUUGUCGAGCUGCUCUGUCUUCUACGACUUGGGCAGGCUGAUUUGAAUGCCAAUAAAAGACUGUAGACAAUAAAAGGAUCGCACAAGGCUAGAGAACGGUUCGAAAAAGCGAGAAUUUGCGCAAACAAGCGAUGUCGUGCCCUGUAUUCUUCUCUUACAUAAUUUUAUUUGUUCGAACUUCAUACUCUUCCUAUAGUCGUGAUAAAUGUGGAGAAAUAAAUCCGGUCUAUAGACUGCCCACUAAGGUCUUAUUCUAGAAAAACAAAAUAAAUAGAAAGAAAAUUAUUUUAUUAAUGUAUGAAGAAGUUGACUCAAAAAUAUCUUAUAUAAAAAUUCUAUAAAUUUUGACACGACUCAUUACGAUUUUUAUAUGAAUCUAUCAGUGUUUUAAUUUGUAUACUUUCAUAAAGUUUGUAACUAUUGUACGCACUCUUCCAUUCUCAAAUUAAAGAAAAAUAAUUCAUAUUCUACUAAAAAAUAUUCAAUUAUUACAAAACAUAAUGUGAUUCUCGCUCGUCUAGACUUUUAUAUAGGCAUAUUUGUUAAUUACUAAAUCAGACAUGCUACUAAAGUUACGAGAGAACCUCCACGAGUGUUAUAUCGUGUUUUCACUAAAACAUACUUUUCAGAAGUAGUUUUUUACGCUGGUUUCGGAUAUAAUAGUCGUUACUGUUCUUAUGCGGUUUCCGAAAUAAGUCACUGAUAAACCUAGUCUCUAGAAAUCCACUUCAGACUUCCAGCCGCACACAUUUUAAUGCAUCAGAUUUCUAGAACAUGAAUGUGUAACCCUGGCUUUCGUAUUAAUUCAGAACUACAAAUUGUUGUUUACUCAUAUACCUUAUGAUAAAAAAAUGUAUUUGUUUUGGCUUCCAGAUUCUGAGAAAAAUAUCCGCAUAGGUAGAAGUAUAUGCGGCACACAUGUGCGCAAUGUAUCUAGCAUUGCCAGACACCUACAGAGGUCUUUUAUCUACUCGUUUUACUCACAAACUUCAUGAAAAAAUAUGUGGGUCUGGGAAAAAAUCAGGUUUCACACAUGUUUUUUCAAGAACGAAGUUGCAAGAACUUUAUGCCACUUUUGAUUCUGCACAUACGAAUAUUAAUUAUAUCUUCCGGGCUUUUAGAUCAUAUCAAGAUGCAUAAUCUUUGAAGAAGCACUUACAUCGAUACACUUAUAGAACGUGAUUAUUUAUUGCUUCUUUUGAUCCCAAAGAGUUGUUUGUGAUACAUUCUUAAUUGGCUUAAUUAUUCAAAUCCGAUUUUUUAAAAGAGAAGUUGUUCUAAAAGUCGUACUGUUUUCUUCAACUUCUUAUUUGUAUCUAUACAUAUUUACUUUAACAUUUUUUUGUUUCUUCUAUAAGUACAAAAAUAUUUUGUACUUAUAUUUUAAUUUCUAAUUUUUACCUAUUUUUGUUUGUUAUUAAGUUUCGUCCCAUUAACAUACGAAAUUUUCAAAAUUGAUUAUACGCUGGUAAAAGCAUACAUUUUUUUAUAUUAAUCCUUGCGAUUCAUUCAUAAAUAAACAUUUUUGUUCCAUUGCAUUUAUCUCAAAGGAUUAGUAUCCCAUGGAGCCUCUUACAAUUAUAAAAACCAUCUUUGGAGUUGUAAAAGUGAUCAAUAAAACAAUAGAUCAUGUGAAAGCGAACAGUCGACAAUGCAAAAGAUUAGUCGAACGUAUUCAAUUUAUCGUUACUCCUCUAAACGCUACAGACGAAAUGAAAUUAAAUCAAUCAGAAUUGCAAAAUAGUCUUAAUGGACUCUGCAUCUGUAUCAAUGACUAUUAUAAGUUAAUUCGAAAAUUUACCGAUGCAGCAUAGUAUAAAAAAUCGUUUAAAAAUAACACUCAUAAGAAUGAAUUUUCCGAAAUAAAUAAUCGUCUUUCACAAUAUGCAACUGAUUUAAAUUUAGGAAUAAAUAUCAUAAAAAUAUUUGAUAAAAAACAUGAUAAAAAUGAUCAAGAAUUAGAUUUUGCAGAAAUUAGACGAAACCAAAGUGAAAUACUUGAAUUGAUGAAGGAACAGAAAAAUGUUCAAUACCAGCAGCACGAUCAAUUAUUGACAAACCAUUCACAAUUAGACGAGCUAGUGAACAGACGAUUUGAUUCAUUGAAAAAUUAUCUUUACACUCUUGAUGAAAAAAAUAUGGGAAAAACAUUAUUACAAGAUUUAUUAAUAUCUUUUAAUGAUUUAUGUUUAGAAGAAAACAUUGGUUCGGGCUCUUUUGGUAAGGUUUAUCGUGGAACAUGGUCAAGUCGUUUUCAAAUAGUAGCGAUCAAAACACGCAACAUUAAUCACAUGGAUAACGAAGCAGAAAAAUCUUUUUUUGAUGAAAUAUGGAUGAUAUGUCGUAUUCAUUUUGAACAUAUUAUAAGUACACUGAGCACAAAAGCGAAUAUGUCAUCAAGUUUAUUGAAAAAUAAAGAUCGCAGUAUUGCUAGUUUAUUAAAACGUUCUGUAGAAAAAUUAAGUUUAAAUUGUUCUAAUAUAAAAUAUUUAUUGUAUUUUGGUUUAAUGAGUCAUUAUAUUGAACAAAAUUUAGAUUGGCCAGAAAAUGAUGAAUUUACAGAAACAGAGACAAAUAUUGAAAAUUUAAUAAUUGUUAAUGGAGGAGAUGAAAAUUAUUUUCAAAAAUUAUGCAAAUCAUUCCAAUUUUCUGGUAAAAAAAUGAUUUCAGUUAAUAAAACAGAAUUUAUGGCUAAUAAAACAAUAUGGGAAUCAUUAGAACCGUAUAAAACAGACGAAAAAGAAACGGUAUUAUUGUAUAAUUUAAAAAGAAACGAUAAUCAAGAUGUUUUAAAUAUUAUUAUUUCAACGAUAAAAAAUCGAUUUUUUAUUGAAAAAUUAUUUAUUGAUACGAAUAAGCCAAAUAUAAUUCAAACAGUUGCCAAUUCAGUCGAUUGGUGUAAUACUGGCAUUUAUAUUUAUAAUGCAUUUACCACAAAUUUAUCUAGCACUAAUGUUAAAAGUGCCAUAGAAUUUUUAAUAUUAUUUAUUUCAAAAGCAUGCUUAAUCAAUUUUUUAGAAUUGGCUGUAACUAGUCUCAUCUUGUAG